AUGUCUACAGUUGAAAGGCUCGACAGGCCUAGCACAUAUUAUUCUUCUAGAAAGAGGGGCAAGUAUGGGCGAGACCAACACGAGGAGAAUGACAAGCCGCCAGAAGAGGUUGACCUUCUGAAAGAUGCUACCACCAUCUAUGUCGGCAAUCUGUCCUUCUAUACCACCGAGGAACAAAUCCACGAGCUGUUUUCCAAGUGCGGCGAGAUCAAACGACUUGUCAUGGGGUUAGAUCGGUUUCAGAAGACCCCCUGCGGCUUCUGCUUCGUCGAGUAUUACACUCACCAGGAGGCGCUCGACUGUAUGAAGUAUAUUGGGGGGACGAAGCUUGACGAACGAGUCAUCAGAACCGACCUUGACGCCGGAUUUCAAGAAGGCAGACAAUAUGGCCGAGGCAAGUCCGGCGGACAGGUAAGGGACGAAUACCGGGACGAGUUCGAUCCAGGUAGAGGAGGUUAUGGUCGAGCUAUUGAUGCGGAGCGGAGAAAGGAGGAGGAAGAAUACGGCAGUGGUAGAUGA